GAUUUCAGUAGUUAUAGUUGAAAAGAUGGCACCUGAAUGAAGGACGCUCAGCUUAGAGUGAACGAAGUCUUGUUAAAUUUGUAUUGUUAAUAAUACUACGUAUUUCUUAGGAAAUGAGUAAUCUUUCACCAUUCGGUGGUGGCAAAAAUCCACCAUGGGUCCGCAACGCAGGACAAGGGAUACAAAAUAUUCAACAGCAAAUGUUAGGACAGGCAAUGGGUAGUAUAGGUGGACAACCUAUGGUUCAAUAUCAACAACAAACCCAACAAGUUUAUCAGCAAAGCUUAGGACUGCAGCAGCCGAAUAUAACAAUGGCUUCAAUGGCAACACUCGGUUCCAACUUGCCAUCUGGUAUAGCUGGCCAACUAUAUCCGCAAGUUGCCACUGUUUCUUACCCACCGCCAAGGGCAUUGAAUACAAAUGCGUUUCAACCUUCUGUAGCUGGUGUUCCGCAACAAGUACAGCAAAAUGUACCUUCAUCUUCGACUAAGCAAAGAGUCUUUACUGGCACAGUUACCCAAGUAUAUGAUAAUUUUGGUUUCGUAGAUGAAGAUGUAUUCUUUCAAACAAAUGCAUGUGUUAAGGGAUCUAAUCCUGUGGUGAACGAUCGGGUACUGGUAGAAGCGUCGUACAAUCCAUCCAUGCCAUUUAAAUGGAGCGCUACCAGGAUACAAGUACUCCCUAUGGGAAACAAUAAUAACGCCAAUACGCAACAAAGUAACCAAGCCAUUCGUCAGCAACAACAGCAAUCACAGCCGCAGCAAAGCCGAACCUCGGGUACAUAUAAUGCCGUGCCCCCGCCUGCCGAGAAUGCUAAUAAUAGAUUCACGAAUACCGCAGCGAGCGCUAAUACAGCUAGUAACCGAAACAAAGUUGGAAGAGUCAGAGAGAGAUCACCUCGAGAACGGAAAAACGACGAGGAAGAGAUUGAAAGAAAAAGGCGACGCGAGGAAAGAAUUCGAGAACGCGAGAAGAAGGAAGAACGUAGCCCGUCGAGGACCAGGAGAAGUAAAUCUCCGAGACCGAGACGACGUGCCAGGCUUGUACCGCGUUACAUGGUACAGAUACCAAAAAUAGCACUUGAUUUACCUGAAGCAGAUGUGCUUGAAAUAAGGAGACGCUAUCAAAAUAUGUAUAUUCCUAGCGACUUUUUCUCUACUAAUUUCCGAUGGGUAGACGCCUUUCCGCCUCACAUGCCGUUCACUCUGAAUAAGCCGUGCUCUUUCCAUGUCAUGCACAAAGACGUUGACCCCUGCUUUGAAAAUACAGCUAUAUUAGAACCCUCUGACGCUGAUUACCUAUUCUCUGCAAAGGUCAUGUUGAUAUCUAUGCCUGCCAUGGAAGAAAUAUAUAAACGAUGUUGUGGUGUAUCAGAAGACAGAGACCCAGACCGUGAUUAUGUGCAUCCUACACGUUUAAUAAAUUUCUUAGUAGGCUUGCGUGGUAAAAAUGAAACGAUGGCUAUCGGUGGACCAUGGAGUCCUUCUCUGGAUGGUCCCAAUCCUGAAAAGGAUCCGUCGGUUCUGAUCAGGACAGCAGUGAGGACAUGUAAAGCGCUCACGGGGAUAGAUUUGUCCAGCUGCACGCAGUGGUACCGCUUCCUGGAACUCUACUACAGACGUGCAGAAACGACCCACAAGUCGGGGCGAGUGGUUCCUUCUCGCGUUGAAACCGUCAUACUAUUUCUCCCAGAUGUUUGGAGCUGUGUGCCCACCAAAUUGGAAUGGGACGGCCUGCAACUCAGCUAUAAGAAACAACUGGAGCGAAAAUUGCUGCGCGCCACCUCUAGCCCCGACGAUUCGGACGCUGCCAAUGACACUGAUGAGGCUGCCGUCGCUGAUCAAAAGGAUGAACCAGUGCCAGAGAAGAAGGAUCCCACUCAUUACUCUGAACUAGAUCCAAAGUCCAUGAAUGUGAGCGAGCUACGGCAAGAAUUGGCAGCCCGCAAUUUGAAUUGUAAAGGCUUGAAGUCUCAGUUACUCGCAAGACUGACGAAAACGAUAGCGUCAGAACAAGCUAAAGAAGAAGGAAGGACGGAUGAGAUAGAAGAAAACGAAAAGGAUGUAUCGCCUCCGCCGAAAGAAGAGGAGGAUAAAAAGUUCAAGGACAAUAAAGAUCACGAUGAAGAUAGAAGAAAGCUGUGCGAGCGUGAACGUGCAGUCCUUGAAAAACGAUACACUUUACCCGAAUCAUCUCACAUUAUCGUCCAUCCUUCCAGAAUGGCUAAAAGUGGAAAGUUCGAUUGUACCGUCAUGUCUUUGAGUGUACUUCUAGAUUAUAGACCGGAAGAUACAAAGGAACAUUCCUUCGAGGUAUCGUUAUUCGCGGAGCUUUUUAACGAAAUGUUAAUGCGAGAUUUCGGCUUCCGGAUUUAUCGAGCGUUAUGUAGCCUUCCUGAAAAACCGAAGGAAAAAGAUGAAGAUAAGAAGAAGGACAAGAAGGAUGAUAAGAGGGACGAAAAGAAAGACGAUAAGAGGAAAGAAGAUGAAAAGAGAUGUAGUAAGAAAGAUGACAGGAAGGAUGACAAGAGGAGAGAAGGGAGUAAAGAUAAGAAGGAUGAAAAGGAUGCGAAGAGUAAAACGGAGGAAAAAGAUCGAGAAAAAGAGAAAAACGACGACGACGACGAUGACGAAGAAGAUGAAUCUGAUGAUGAUGAUUCCAUGAAAGACGGGAGAAGAGACAGAGAUAAAGAUGGACGGAAAAGGAAAAUAAAAUUGUACACACACGAUCCGUACCUCUUACUGUCUUUCGUUUAUUUCGAUCAAACUCACUGCGGUUACAUAUUUGACAAAGAUAUAGAAGAACUUAUUUAUACUUUAGGAUUGAAUUUAUCGAGAGCUCAAGUUCGUAAAUUAGUACAAAAGGUUGUAACUAGGGAUUCUUUGCAUUACCGUAAAUUAACAGAUAGAUCGAGAGAUGACGAUCUAAAGGAUGAUAAGAAAGACGAUAAAGAAUUCGAUAAGUCUGAUCCUACUAAAGUAGAAGGUGAAGAGGUGAUAGUGCGUGCAUUAGCGCUUGGAAAUAAGAAACUGUUGCCAGUGUUCGUUGGCAGCGGACCACCCUCGAAGAGAGCGCGAAGGGAAGAUGUGCUCAUAGACCAGUACGAAGAAUCGACACCAGAAGGUUUCGUUAUGUACAAAGGCUCUUUAUUAGAUGUAGAGAAACUUGUUAGCCAAUUAAAAAGAUCUGAGAAAGCUCGGCUAGACACAGAGGAACGACUAAUGGAAUUGCAGCAUGAAUUAUCCAUAGUGAAUGAGAAAUCAACGAAACAAUCAAAUAACAUAAAAGCUCUUUCAGAGGACUUAAAGAUGUACAAAGAUAAAUUAAGAAAUACGGAUGAGAAGUUCAAGAAAGUAUCUAAUGAAUGCCAUAUGUAUCUUACGGCAGUAAAAAACGUGUAUCACAUAGCAGCGAAAACAAUACACUCCGAUACAAAGAAAGUAGAGAUUGUCGAAAUUCAAGAUGAGAAAGUUGGCGAGCUUAAUGGAUCAGAGAUUGAAACUAAAUUUAAAACGGAUACACGAUGGGGUGAUAAUAAAGUUCCAGUAAAAAAAGAAUUCGUAGAAACUGAUAGAGAUAAAAAGUGCGACAAUAAGCUUUCAGUUAAAAAGGAAACGACCGAGACAGAUAAAGAAAAGAAAUAAGAAUUAAAAUCAUUAUUUCUAAUGGGAAAGAUGUGGACACGGGCCUGUUGUUCUUACUGUACUAGUAUCAAAGGCGUUACAAAACGAGUUCAAUGAUAGAUAGUACAGAAAAUGAAUGGAACAGGUUUACCCAAAUGAUAGUAAAAUUGACUUUAAUGACUUUUAUAACUUUUUUCACUCGUUGACAAUAUGUAGCAAACUGGUUUCUGUACGUAUUACGAUAGAAAUAAGGAAAGUUGCGCAUUCAACUAGCAUAAAUGAGUGAAUAACGAAUAACGCUGAUAUUAGAACAAAUCGUAACACUGCAAUUUUUCAUAUGAAUUUCCAUCAGAUUUUAGGCGAGUCCUAAGAGCCCUAACUUUGAUUUGCCAUGAAGUGCCAGAUACAGAUAGAACUCGUACAUCGUCAUUUCUAAGUAAGUUCAUGGGUAAAAUAAUUUUCACAAGAUUCACGCGAAGAAUUCUGAAUUAACUUUGGUUGUCGAUGAACUUAAUUAAAUCACGGUCGUUUCUUUAUAAUCGUUUCGUCGCAAACUGUGAUUUACUAGAACACACUUAAGUGAACAGUAGUGCUUUUUUGUGCCUGAUUUAUGCGUAGGACAACGUUAGCAUUGUUGGUUUUACGCGUGAUUUCUAUAUAUGUAUACACGAAUGUCACUGCUCGUAAUCCGUAGAUUAACGUAGAUAGAAGAUAAAUUUGUCACGGGUACUUUUCCUUUUCUAGCAUCGACCGAUUAACAUACUUAACCGAUAGCGAUCUAUUUGUAUUACGUUGUAAGUGUAUUUAUUGCUUUGUACACAGAAGACAGUAUAACGGAAUAAACCAUUUACGCAAUACGUAUAACACCAACUGUAAAGUAUAUACGGUAAUAUGAACAAAUGGGAUAUCGUUAGUAUUUCUUUCCCUAGAUGCGUACAAAAUGUAACUCUGUCCGUUCUCUAUCUCUUUACGAUGUAAAUACUUUCGUGAGAAACGGUAUCUAAGAGUAAUCCAAGCGCCAAAGUAUCGGAAUCGGGCAGAGUUAGUGACAAAAACUUCAGAUCGGAUUAAUCGAUUAAUUUGGCGAAUUGUUAUUCACUAGUCAUAAACGAGUUCGUUACUGGAAUCACCGGCUUAUGAAGAACAUAUUAUUUAUUCAAUUUUUGCGCCCAACUCGGCUAUCCGUAGACGAUUUAGUGUCAAAUGAAUUUAUUGGUAUACAUAUACACACAGAUUAGUAAUUUAUUUAAAAACGAAUAUGUAAAAAAAUAGCUCUAGUGCAAAUAAUUACUCAACUUUUUUAUAUUCCUGCGUUGAUACUAUGCAACUGUGACACAAAUCUGAGAUUUGUAACGACGAUGGCUCAACGGUAGAAAAACGAGUGCUCAUCGCGUCCCUCGAUUUAGAUACAUGUUUCUCAUUAUAAAAGUACGUGGCCACUCGUGUGCACAGAUAUCUGUUUUCCUAACACUGGUCUCAUGUGUUCCAUCGUCAAACAAACACAAUGCCAAGCAUACUAUUUUGUACAUGACGAUUAACUACACAUUAAAUUCUUCGGUUCUCUACUAUUAGGUAAAUGCACUAGCAUCAAAGACGUUAUUAACGCGAUUAACGUUCAAUUUAUAAAUACGGAAACAACGUGUAUAUGAAAUGGGACUCGUUAUAAUAAUAUCGAAUCCUUGAAAAACAGGAUACUUUUGGAAUAUGAAGAACUGUGCGAACAAAAUAAAUUUUAAACACUU